AUGUCUGGGGAAAGUGUGUCCUCUGGUAGAUCCCGCCUCCAUGCCUUCUAUCGAAGCACGCUCUUCCUCUUCAACGCCAUCAUCGUCGGUCUGGUCAGCUUCAUACAGCCAGGCAUACGGACCGCCCUGUCAAGCCUGGGAGCCGGCGGCCCCGCCACCCCCUUCUUCGUCAACGCCUCCAACGUGAUCACCUUCGUCAACGCCUCCAACGUGAUCACCUUCGGCAUCAUGGUCUUCAUGAGCCCCGUCUUCGCGGUGUUGAGUAACCGCUGGAGUCUGAAAUGGGUCCUCGUCAUCGGCACCCUGGGCUAUACUCCUUACUCGGCGUCGUUGUAUGUGAAUAGCGUGUAUGGGACGCAGGGAUUCAUGCUUUUUGGGGCUGCGACUUGUGGGGUUUCUGCUGGGUAUCCGGUUCCAUCCUAUCCUAUCCUAGAUCUCUACUUCCUUCCUUACCAAACUCAUCCAUCCACCUAA